UGCGGGCGGCAGGGGGACGGCGGGAGCAGCCCCAAGGGGUCCGGGGCCGGAUCUGCAGGUGGGACCCCAGAAUCGGGAGGUGCGGCCUGGCUACAGGGGAGUGGAGAACAGAGAUCUACCGGAGACGGGUGCCGAGAUACCUGGUGGGGGGAGGGGAGAGGGGUGUGUCGGAGCCAGUCCAGUGUAUACUAAAAGGGCUUGGCUGCAGAAAUCUGCGCCCUAGGGCAGUAGUGGGGGCAAAAGUAGGGGCUCCAGGUGCAAAGGGGGCGUCGGAACGGCAGGGGGUCCAGAGCCCUUGAUGGAGGGGUCCUAGGAUGGGUGUGAGGCUGGGUCAGGGGAGGGAGGUGCCUCCCCGCGGAGGGUCCCUGAUGGCGUGCGAAAGGUCGAGCUCGUGCGGCCCGCGCCUCGCUCCACCGCCGAAAAAGAAACCGAAAGUGGCGCGGAAGGGCGGGGCCUGCGGGGGGUGGAGCCUUAGGGGGCGGGGCCGCCGCCAGCGGGCCCCACCUCCUACCCAGUUUAAAAUAAAAGACUGGUGCAGGGGCGGGCGCGGAGCAGAGCGAGCUGCGGCCGUGGCAGCUGCACGGCUCCCGGCCCCGGAGCAUGCGCGAGAGCCGCCCCGGAGCCCCCCGCCGCCCCGCCCGCGGCGCCCCGCGCCCCGCCGCCAGCGCACCCCCGGACGCUAUGGCCCACCCCUCCGGCCGGCCCCGCGUGUAGGAUGGUAGCACACAACCAGGUGGCAGCCGACAAUGCAAUCUCCACGGCAGCAGAGUCCCGACGGCGGCCAGAGCCUUCCUCGUCCUCGUCCCCGCCCUCGCCCUCGGCGGCGCCCGCGGUCCCCGCGCGCCCGCGGCCCUGCCCGGCGGCCCCGGCCCCGGCCCCCGGCGACACGCACUUCCGCACGUUCCGCUCUCACGCCGAGUACCGGCGCAUCACCCGAGCCAGCGCGCUGCUCGACGCCUGCGGCUUCUACUGGGGGCCCCUGAGCGUGCACGGGGCUCACGAGCGGCUGCGCGCCGAGCCCGUGGGCACCUUCCUGGUGCGCGACAGCCGCCAGCGGAACUGCUUCUUCGCCCUCAGCGUGAAGAUGGCCUCGGGCCCCACGAGCAUCCGCGUGCACUUCCAGGCCGGCCGCUUCCACCUGGACGGCAGCCGCGAGAGCUUCGACUGCCUCUUCGAGCUGCUGGAGCACUACGUGGCGGCGCCGCGCCGCAUGCUCGGGGCCCCGCUGCGCCAGCGCCGCGUGCGGCCGCUGCAGGAGCUGUGUCGCCAGCGCAUCGUGGCCACCGUGGGCCGCGAGAACCUGGCGCGCAUCCCCCUCAACCCCGUCCUCCGCGACUACUUGAGCUCCUUCCCCUUUCAGAUCUGACUGGCCUCGCACGCAGCAUUAACUCGAGGGCCUUGUUAUUAUUAAUUAUUAUUUCCCUGGAACCACGUGGGUGCCCUCCCCACCUGGGUUGGAGGGAGCGGGUGUGGGGGCGAGGCGCCUCCCCUUCUCGGCUGGAGACGAGGCCGCAGACCCCUCCCCAUGUCUUGGGGGCGGGGGCGCACCCCCCACCCCCCCCCCCGGUGCUCCCUCUGGAUCUCCCUGGUUGUAGCAGCUUAACUGUAUGUGGGGCCAGGACCUGAAUUUACCUCCUACCUCUUCAUGUUUACAUAUACCUAGUAUCUUUGCACAAACCAGGGGUUGGGGGAGGGUCUCUGGCUUUAUUUUUCUGCUGUGCAGAAUCCUAUUUUAUAUUUUUUACAGCCAGUUUAGUUAAUAAACUUUAUUAUGAAAGUUUUUUUUUUAAAAGAAAAAAGGUUUCUAGAGCGUGUGCUUUGCUCCCAGGAUUUCCCCGGGGUUCUGAACGGGUCCACGGCAGAGCGGUCCUAAGACUGAUGGGUUUGGCUGGAGGUGGAGUGUGUGACCUGUGCUCUGUGGCCGGGGGACCUGCAUGGUUCCAGCCCUCAGGGGGGAGAGGAGUAGCCGGUCCAGCGUUGGUGUUUCGUGUGGGGUAAAAUGGCAGCUCCGUGUUUGAGCCCUUAACGUGUGCCUUGCCCUGUUCUGGGUUUUCCAUGCCUCAAUCAGACGAGCCUAUGAAGCAAGACGCUUCUCAUUUUUCCAGAGGAGAAAAGCAAGGCAGGGGGUGAAUGUGCCUGUGGCCAUUCCCGUGUCAGAGA